CGUAACUGAGGGCACGUAAACUGCGCUAGCGCGACGCACAGCCCCCCAGACUGACUGACGGGCCGGCAGAGAAGCGUGGUGAGCAGCAGACAGCGGCAUCUCUCCCUACGAAAACAUUCAAGCUUGUUGUACAGAGAGCCAACGCCGAUUGUUUAGCUGAGAGACACAGCAUGGCAGCGGUGGGAUCCAGAGCAGGACUGGACACGAUGGUCACAGAAGGGCAGGACGGGUUGGUCUACAUGCAGUGUUGUGGGCAGGGAGAAGGGGUGGGUCUGCAGAGGAAGCUGAAUGCAGGACCUGGGACAGAGUGGUCAGCCAAUGUAAACACACAGCAAACAAACCUUUUAUCCUUCCCACGGUCUUCCGGUGUGGACUUACCUUACAGAAGUCCUGAGUCGGUGGAGAUGGAUGAGAUCAUGGCUGCUAUGGUGCUCACCAGUCUGUCCUGCAGUCCAGUGGUCCAAAGCCCCCCGCAGAGGGACCUCCUACCAGGGGACAUGGAGUGUUGCGGAGGUGAGCUGUCUGACAGCGGCAGCAGUGGUUACUGGAGCUGGGACCAUGGCAAUGUCAGCCCAGCCCCUUCUCCAUCAGUCACUGAGAUGGACAGGAGCUUGGGCCAACCGACAGAUGAAGGACUGCACAUGGAGCUGGACCAAGCUGCAUGUGAGGAGCCGAAGGCCAGGAGGUGCAAGAGCUUGAGCAGGGGAGCAUACAGGUGUCUGUGGCCUGGCUGCGGGAAAGUGCUGACAUCCCGGGUUGGAAUGAAACGGCACAUUCGCAUUCUUCACCUGGGUGGGGGCUCAGAGCAGUCGCAUAGGGAAGAAGACUUCUACUACACAGAGGUCUCCUCUGAAGAUGAGGAAACUGCACCUCCAUCUCCUGCACCAUCCUUCUCCAGCGGGACCUGGACCUCCUGCAGCUCCACACAAAGCCAAUCCACCCCAGGACACCAAGAUGCUCCAGUCCAGUCAAGCCCACUCAGCCAAUCAGCUCCAAGCAGCGUGUGGCAGAUCCACACUGAACAUCUCUAUCAGGCCUGCACACCCGUUCAGGUGAUGGUCUCUCCAGGCUCUCCCACCUUUUGUAGCUGGUCCCCAUCUGGUGAUUUCCAGCAGAAACCUCAGAUUCCAGCAUCUCGCAGCCGGUCAGUGAGUGUUGGAGAGCAGUGGCUACAGAGGAACAGCGCCCCCACCAGAUCCCAGACCAUGAGCACAUCUCCCUCCAGAGGGCACUGUUCAUUCAGGAAAAGCCGAGGUGAGGCCAAAAAGUGCCGAAAAGUGUAUGGCGUGGAGCGUAGGGACCAAUGGUGCACCGCCUGCCGCUGGAAGAAAGCCUGUCAGCGGUUCCCAGACUAAAAAAAAGACAAGGAAGAAUCUCCAUUUUCUUUCUUACCUCCAACUAUUCCCUGCACUGUAGAGGACCUGUUUUUUUCACUUUUCUAACUUUUUUUUUUUUGUUUUGUUUUCCUACCAGAGUUAAAAGUGUUUUGUUAUGUUUUCCCACAAAGUGAACACUGGUACUAGCUGUCGAGACUGUGGAAUAGUAGGAUCCCAACCCCUCAAAGUUGCAUUCUGCCCUCUCAUGAGAUUGAAGUGUAAUCCUGUAUCUGAUCAAGGUGUUUUUCUACCCCAGUCCUGCACUUCAUCCAUACCUGAGAUAUUUAAGUGAUUGUUGAUUUUUGUAUACUGUGGACAAUGUAUUGCUUUGAGCAUUUUCAUUAUGUUUUUCUAUUGCUGUUUUGUUAGCCUGAAAGGUGUAACAGUAUAAUGUCAUGUAUUGUCUUUUUUUUCUACGUAUUUACUCUGAAUUUAGUCACAACUUUUGAGUUUCGCAAGGUUUGACUAAGGUCGUAUGCCAUAGCGCUUCCUAAUCUAAACUGCCAGAUAUAAAGCUACAGUGGUGAUGAGUGAAUGAUGUUGGCCACAUCAGUGGCUACAGUAUGUUGUCUGAUGGAGAUAAAAGUGCAGCUAUAACCUUUUGAUUGAAUACCAAAGUGCUAUUGCAAAGAGUUAAAGGGAGCUUGACUGAAUAUUGCCCAUAGAAUAGAUUGGGCUUGUUUCCUUUAGUAUGUUUUGUCAUCCUUCCAAAAAGUGUUAAGGUCUUGUACAAUACUGGAACAUCCCCUUGGGAACAUCUAAAAGGAUUUGAAAGUAUAACAUCAUAUUGAGAAAAAAAGAAGAAGAUACUAUGUAUGAUUAAAAAGACACAAGAUAAAAUAUGCAAAUUUCAAAAGCUUGUUAUUUGUGCAUGACAAAUAACAAGAACAAUCGUAAAAUUCGUUUAUUUGCCUUUUGUGUGCAUUUCGUGUACAAGAGGAAAGGAUUAAAAGAAAAGAAAAGAAAAAACACUCCAAAAAUGCUUGCAGAAUGUGUUUGAAAUGAAAAAUAUUCACAAAGCCAAGAUGUCUACACACAAAACCAUACAUUUAUAUGCAGAAUACUGUAAAGUACACCGAAAGACUAUUUGCUAGUACUUUCUUUACAUGUGGGGUGUCAGUUUUCAAAACCCAUUCUGAUUAUUAAUGUGAGGGAGAGUCUGUCAAGCACUAAGAUGAACAUGCACAAACAAAUGCAGAAAGCUG